UGCCGCGAUAUACUCCAGAGUCCAGGCACGGAAGAGAGCUGGCCGAGUCCACCACUCUCCUAGCCUCCUUCCUUCCCCUUGCUGCUUGCUCCCUUCGCUCCCACUCCAAAAACCCAAUAAAAAACGCACCUUUCCUUCCCUUCCUUCGCCUCGCUUUCCCCCCACCUCCCUCGAUCCCCUCGCCCGAAGAUCCCGAUCCCGUCCACCUCCUCUUUCUUGCGCAAUCAGAGUUUCCCCGCGGCGGAGCAGGUCGGAGGCGGAAUGUUGCGCCCUUGAUCGGCGCGGCAGUCGACUGGGGUUCUUGGCCCGCCGGAGAUGGGCUGCUUCUCGUGCUUCGACUCGCCCGCGGACGAGCAGCUCAACCCCAAGAUCGCCGGCGCCGGCGGGUAUGGCGACUCGCCCUCUGCUGCGGCGGCGUUCGGUGGCGUCGGCCGGCACGGGGACAGGCGGUACCGGGACCUGCAGCAGGCGCCCAUGGCGGCGCCGCGCGUCGAGAAGCUUUCCGCAGUGGCUGAGAAAGCGAGGGUGAAGAGCAAUGCGCUCGCGAGAGAGACUUCUGCGCCGAAGGAUGCCAAUGGCAAUGUCAUCUCCGCGCAGACUUUCAUGUUCCGCGAGCUCGCCAUGGCGACGAGGAACUUCAGGCCAGAGUGCUUCCUGGGCGAGGGAGGGUUUGGUCGUGUUUACAAGGGUCGUCUGGAGAGCACGGGCCAGGUUGUUGCUAUAAAGCAGCUGAAUAGGGAUGGGCUUCAAGGAAACAGAGAAUUUCUUGUUGAAGUCCUCAUGCUCAGUUUGCUACAUCAUCAAAACCUGGUUAAUUUGAUUGGUUACUGUGCUGACGGAGACCAGCGCCUUCUUGUUUAUGAAUAUAUGCCCUUCGGAUCAUUGGAAGAUCAUUUGCAUGAUCUACCUCCCGAUAAAGAGGCCUUGGACUGGAACUCGAGGAUGAAAAUUGCAGCAGGUGCUGCCAAAGGACUGGAGUACCUUCAUGACAAAGCUAAUCCGCCAGUUAUUUAUAGAGAUUUCAAGUCAUCAAACAUUCUGUUGGAUGAAUGUUUCCAUCCAAAGCUGUCUGACUUUGGUCUUGCUAAGCUGGGUCCUGUUGGUGACAAAUCUCAUGUCUCGACACGUGUGAUGGGAACAUAUGGUUAUUGUGCGCCAGAAUAUGCUAUGACAGGACAGCUGACAGUUAAGUCCGAUGUGUAUAGCUUCGGAGUUGUCUUGCUUGAAUUGAUUACUGGUCGUAGGGCUAUUGACAGCACCAGACCACAUGGAGAACAAAACCUUGUUUCGUGGGCACGUCCUCUUUUUAAUGACAGGAGAAAGCUACCUAAAAUGGCUGACCCGAGGCUGGAAGGACGAUACCCCAUGCGUGGGCUUUACCAAGCUCUUGCGGUUGCUUCCAUGUGCAUACAGUCAGAAGCUGCUUCCCGUCCACUUAUUGCAGAUGUUGUGACCGCUCUUUCCUACUUGGCAUCUCAAUCUUAUGAUCCCAAUGCGGCUCAUGCUUCAAGGAAGCCAGGCGGUGACCAGCGAAGCAAGCCUGGUGAGAAUGGCAGGGUUGUUUCCAGGAACGAUGAGACCAGCAGCUCCGGCCACAAGUCACCAGGCAAGGACAGGGAAGAUUCCCCUCGGGACCUUCCAGGAAUCUUGAACAAGGAUCUCGACAGGGAGCGCAUGGUGGCCGAGGCCAAGAUGUGGGGCGACCGGGAGCGCAUGGUGGCCGAGGCGAAGAUGUGGGGUGAAAAUUGGCGGGACAAGAGGCGCGCGACCGAGAAUGGGCAAGGGAACCUGGAUUCACCGACCUAGAACGGUUAGGGGGCAGACAAGUUUUCAUCCAUCCAUCCAUCCACCCAUGCAUGUCUGUUUAUUUCCAGGUCAAUUUGCUUUCCGGUGGCCGGGGAGGGGGGAGGGCAGGGCAGGGCGGGGAGGGUUAGAUGUACAUUUCUAGGGAGGGAAAGAGAUGAAACGGCAGCUUUGUACUGGAUAGUGAAUGCAUGUGGUGUACAUGUAAAUUCUCAGAAAAUUUUGUGAGAAUGAAAGGACACUUUUGAGUUCCAGUUGUAAAUCUUUCUUGUA